CGUGAUCAGAUAUCACUGAAAAAUGUGCGAUUUUAGAAGUUUUAUGACUUGUCAUCACUAAUUUGUUAACGUUUUUAAUAUUAAAUAUUGUUACUAUAAAGCAGUUGUAAUUCAACAUGGCUUGGCAAAUGCCGGGUCAAUGGAAUACAGGCGUUCCACAAAUGAACCAAAUGACGCCUGAUUUAAACAUGGGAUCCUACACACCUGAGCAAUGGGCUGUUAUGCAGCAACAAAAUUGGCAGCAAUGGACACAGUGGCAGCAACAGUAUUCUCAAUGGCAAAGCCAGUAUGGCGAAAAGUAUGCACAGCAAAUGCAGUCCAUGCAGGCAAUGGGGGGAAUGGUGCCACCCCUCCCAACUUCAAAUACUGCCCCUCCUCCAGCGCCACCUCCACCAGAGAAGCCUCCACCACCUCCACCACAUGAGAACAACCAGCCCCUAUUUGGACAACCCAACCCAGUACCAGCCCCUGGAUCACAGCCAAUUCAACAUACAGGGAGUUCUAAUAAUAUUAGCAUUCCUACAGGUAACACCCAAAAAAAUUGGCAGCAUGGAAACGAAAACCGGCAAGAAGCUUCCUUACCUGCCAAUGUGGAGGCCUUAAGGAAACUAGCAGAGGAAGAAAGGCUCUUCGAUAUUCAGUUUGAAAAGUGGGAAGAAGAAAUCCAAAAAUGGAAAAGGGAAAAUGUGAACCAUCCGGACAAACAGGCUUAUCAUGAGUAUGAGCAAAAAUUUGAAACUUGCAGGGCACAGUUGUUAGAGCGACGGCAGGUGAUGAAACAGAAGAGGGCACGACUCCUGGGUCAAGCUGCUCCUGCUGCAGGCAGUAUUCCAACAGGUAAUCCAUCCCCAGCUCCCCCUCCUCAACAAACUAUGAAUGCCAGUCGUAACCCAAAUAUGCAGUCCCAAAGCAACAAUAGCUCGUCAAAUCUCGCUCAGCCAAGCAACCAUUAUAAACAACAGGAACACCAUAAAUACAGACCAAAUAAUAAUGAAAUGUCAACUCAAAACUUUAAAAACAAUCCUUCCCAAAAUUACCAAGGUAAUUCUCAAUAUGCGCAAUAUAACAAUAAUAUGCAACAAGGUUAUAACAGGAGCAAUAAUCAAGGUUUGGACCCACAAGACAGAUUUGAGUCUUAUGACGCUCAGGAUACUUAUGAGACUCAGGAUAUGGAUGAGGGUAAUUACUCCCCAACCCCUGUUACGAACACAAACUUUUUACCUGGAGCUGGAUUCGCUAAAGGCAUUCCAGGGUUGGAUUUAGUACCCGAAGACAAAGAGGGUCAACCACAGCAACCUGAGGUUAUUGAUAUAACUGGUGACAAACCAAAAACCACCCAGCCGCCAGACCUUACUAACAUUUCUAAAGGCAUAAACAACAUACUUGGAGAUGAGAAAAUCAUGAACAUCCUUUCAAUGGUUCGGGAUCAAGUUGCACCUCCUAUUCUCAAUAAGCAAGGACCAAGUGCGCAAAGUGCACCAUACAAUAAUAUGAAUAACUCCAAUGCUCCACAAAAUGCACCAUUUAAUAAUAAUAUGAGUAACACAAAUGCCCCUCAAAAAGCUCCAUAUAAUAAUAUGAGUAACGUUAAUGCUCCUCAAAAAGCUCCAUAUAAUAAUAUGACUAACGCUAAUGCUCCUCAAAAUGCCCCUUAUAAUAACAAUAUGAGUGCUCCUCCAAAUAAUCAGUGGGACGGAAAUCAGGCUACACCUAAUCAACAAUUUAGUAAUGCUCCCCCAAACAUGUACUACAAUCGUCAAGGUCCUGGAUAUGGUGAUCAAUCUCAGCAAGAUCAGCAGUAUCCACCUCAAAGAAGGAAUGACAGAGAAAAUAUGUCAAUGGAUCCAUACAGUGAUAGGAAUAUGCAAGGUCAAAACAUGCAACAAAGACCACCUAUGAGACCUAACAUGCCUAACAUGCAAAACAAUCCUCAACCACUUAUGCAAGGGGGUCAAGGCUAUCAAAAUGAUAAUUUCAAUAGACCUCCUCCGCCGCCUCCGCGGGGAGCUCCUGACAAUAUGAGGCCUAUGAGACCAAAUAUGAGUAAUAUGCCGCCACCAAGGCCCCUCAUGGCAGGUGUGCCUGGUUAUGAUGAACAGAAUGAUUAUUCAAGGGGGCCUCAUGAUAACAGAGGAAUGCUUGGCAAUAUGAGUAGCCAGGCAAUGAAUAACCAAACUGCGCCGCCUCCGCCACCUCCACAGCCAGCUCGCCCGAAGUGGACUGAAGAACCACUAUUUACUCCAUCUGUUAUUGUUGAAUAUGAACAUAAACCUCUAAGAUUGAAAGCUCGUGAAUUUAUUGAGCCCGUCCAUAUGUUUGACUACAAUCACAAAUCAAAGGACGAUAAUAUUAAGAAAAGAGAUUUUGAAAAAGAGGCAGAUGAAUUAUUCCAAAGGAAACCCAGAAGAAUCGAGUCAGAAGAUGUGUAUAGAGAAAACCGUUUCGGUCCAGGUGAUUAUAUGGAAAGUCGUUUUGCCGCUGAAGAUAACUCUAGGGAUUAUUCACCAAGGGAUUUCGAACGACGAUAUCCUAGAGAAGAAAUACGACAUGACCGUAGGGAAUUAAGAGAUGACUACAGGGAUGUCAGAGGUCCUCCUAGGGACGAAUAUGAUGAUAGAAUUGAUAGACGAAGGCCCGAUGAAAGAUACGAUGAAAGAAGACGCGAUGAUCGCGACAGGUUUUCUAGACGCGAAGAUUUUAGUAGAGACAGAGGGCGGGAACGUGAUCGAGAUAGAGAAGAUUCAUACAGAGAUAGACAAAGAGAUAUACGUAGAGAUGACAACCGCCAUGACAGUAGAAAUCGCAGUAGGAGUCGUGACCGUGACACCCGUAAAAGAGGCCGCAGCAAAGAAAGUAACAUAAGCGAGGCCUCGUCAAAGAAAUCGAAAGAAGUGGAGAAGAAAAAUGAAACUCCCAAGCAUGUUGUAAUGAUUGACGAUAUUUUAGAACCCCCAGGUCGUGAAAUGAGGCCAGAGAAAAUAGUUAUUAUUUUACGAGGUCCCCCUGGCAGUGGCAAAUCGUAUUUAGCAAAAUUAAUAAGAGACCGCGAGGCAGAACACGGCGGGACUGCUCGAAUUAUGUCCAUUGACGACUAUUUCAUGCAGGAAGGGGAAAUAGAAGAAAAAGAUCCUACUACUGGCAAAAUUGUCAAGAAACCAUCUUUAAAAUAUGAAUAUGAAGCAAAAUCAGAAGAAACUUAUUUGAACUCUCUGAAAAGAGCAUUUAAAAGGUCAUUGACUGACGGCUACUUCAACUUUUUGAUAUACGACGCAGUGAAUGACACACUGAGAAGUUACGCUGAUAUUUGGAACUAUGCUAGACAACAAGGAUUCCAGGUGUACAUUUGUACAAUGGAGCUGGAUUGCCAGAUAUGUUUCAAGAGGAACAUCCACGGUCGGACGUUGGGUGAUAUUCAAGUGGUAACCACUCGGUUCUUCCCGACCCCGGACCAUCACAUUCAGCUGGACGCGACGACGCUGUUACAAAGCGGAGCCAUAACUGAGGUGCAGAUGGAGGACGUGGAUGACGAUAUCAUAAUGGAGGACGCGCAGGAACCUGAGGUUGAAAGCUCUUUUACUUCGAAGUGGGAGAAAAUGGAUGACGCGGCGCAACUAGCUCGACUCGACGGCACCAGCAAGCCGCUCCGGCCCUCGCACGUCUCAAUGGAGGACUACCUACAACUAGACGACUGGAAACCAACCACAGCUAAGCCAGGGAAGAAAACGGUACGCUGGGCAGACAUAGAAGAGAGCAGACAGCAAGAGAAGAUGCGUGCCAUCGGAUUUGUGGUAGGACAGACGGACUGGAAUCGCAUGACAGAUCCUACUAUGGGGUCUAGUGCGCUCACUCAAACUAAGUACAUUGAGAGAGUUAGAAGAAAUUAAGUCAUAACUCAUAGUUUAGUGUUACCAUUGAAUCUUUUAUAAGAAAACCAGUUCAGAUAACUUGUUUGAAGUUUUCAAUAUAUAUCUAGGCAGUAAUUUCGGAUAACAAAUAAAAAUGUUAUUCUAUUAUGAAUGUCGAAGAUUUGUGCGUAGCAUACCCUCUUAAGACCAUAUAAUUGAAAAACACAAAAUUUGAACUUGCAGGGAAUAUGGUUGAUUUUUAUUUGUUUUAAAAUUUAACGAAACAAAAGAAAUGCAACUGUUCCAAUUGAAUAUGGUUUAAAUUUAAUUGAACUGAAGAAAUACUAUAUGUAGGACCUUGGACACGUAAUAGGAUACGUAAGAUACUGUCAAUCACUUUUUUCUUCAUCUUUUCGUAUUUAUACGCUAAAGUUUGCGGCUCCAGCGCAGGACAAUUGAUUAAAUGAAAUAUAUUCCCUCUUAUUAUGUUAUGUCUGAUAAUUAAGCUUAAGCUUGUGUUAGUUUUAUUCCCUGGCAUACAGGUUAACGUUAUUUAUGUGAUACUUUUUUCCUAAUAUGAAUCGAAAUUUAUAUCUGAUUUCAAAUACCUCUAGUAGGACUUUUCCUACACCACGCAACUCUCGCUUUUGCUUGGUCGCAAGACAAGUAAAUUAGGUAUAGUAAAUACCUAAUAUUAUUAGGAAAUUCAGAGUAGCUACAGUGUUACGCACCGUUAAUUUCAGUAUGUACGAAUAUAGCACUAGUACAGAAUCUUCAUCUGUAGCAGAAUCAUCAGGACAAGGCAGAGGAUUUUUCAAGCGAUACAAGCUUACAGUAAUUAACUUAAUUUUAAUUUUUCUUGAAGUAUUUUAGCUUUUGUCACAACAAGCCGACCAUACAUGACAUUUUCUAGCUAUCUGGUUGAUGUUGGUGAUAUCAAUUUAUUAAGUAGACGUUCAUCGUUUAUCAAGUCUAUUGAUUUAAAGGCGGUAAUCCACUUCUGCACACGCUAAACAUGAAUGCAGAUCGUGUCGGCUUUUUGAUUUAAAACCACAGAAAACAAAAAAAAAACUUAUAAACUUGUGUAAGCAAUUGUGCACUGCAGCAGGGUUUCACCGGAAAGUGACCCCUUUGGGCUCAUUUGAUUUUGUUUAGACAUAAUAAAUAAUAUUUGUAAAUUAGGUAGAUAGUAGAUAUUAUUUUUGUCGCGUUUCCAGUUGCAAAAAUGUUCAUUAUCAUACAUAUGAAUAUUUCACAACUGGAUAGAUGGACAGUAAAGGCACCAAGCUCCUAAAUAUACCAAG